ACAGCUGUAUGAUAAGAAAUAUAACAAAUUCUUUAUCUUGUAAUAAACAAAUAAAAAAUGGAUUAUAAUAUAAACAAAAUAUGCCGCGUCUGUUUAGAAGAAGGCACACCAGGACCAUUAACUUCGAUAUAUAGUACAGAUUUUGCGAUGAUGCCCUCCGUAAUGCUGAUGCAGUGUGCCAAAAUUAGGGUUUAUAAAACAGAUGGUUUACCUUCGGUGAUCUGCAAUAACUGCAUUUACCGUCUGGGAGUUGCAUUCCACUUCAAACAAGAGUGCGAAAACAGCGAUCUCCGUCUGCGACAAUAUCUGGGCAUCCUGGAAUCCUGGCGGCAGGAUGCGGCCACAAACACGGACUUUGUCUUGGAGAAGCAAUCCAUACCUCAGCGAGACAGUGAUGACGAGGAACCGGUGGAUACCAAAGUCAGUAAAAGACGUUCCCGCUAUCAGAGAAAGCCACCAGAAGAGCACAAGAAAAGGGGUCCAAAACCAGUGCCUAAGAUGCCCCACACCUGCUACGAAUGUCACAAAAGCUUUAAGUGCAUAGCCCAACUGACCCAGCAUAUCAGAACUCAUACGGGAGAAAAACCGUAUCAGUGCAGCUAUUGCAUUCAACGCUUUGCCCAGAAGUAUAACUUGAAGGUUCACGAAAGAACCCAUACGGGGGAUAAACCCUUCCAAUGUGAGAUAUGCUCCAAGCAGUUCUCAGCACUGGGGAACUUUCAAGCUCACCAGAAGAUCCACUUGGGAGUGAGGGAUCAGAUAUGCUCGUUAUGCCAAAAAGGUUUCUAUACGGCUGGGGAUCUUUCCAAGCAUAUGAUCACUCAUACGGGAAUAAAAAACCAUCAUUGCGAUGUCUGUGGGAAAGCCUUCAGCAGGCGACGGGAUAUGCGAUCCCACAAACUAAAACUGCAUCCUUUAGAAUCCAGCACGAAUCAUGACAUAGUGGACGACGAUGAUGACGAGCCUAUCGACACGGAUCCUGUAGGUUUGGACACACUUGAUCACGCUCACUUCAAGUGUCCGGAUUGCGACAAGGCUUUCGAAACGGCGGACAGUCUCAGCUUGCACUUCCGAACACAUGCGGUUAAUAAUAACCUCUUGAAUCUUCCACUGCCUCCUGCCCCUCCCAUGUCACAUCACUACCACCACCAUCAUCCCGCUGGUACGGGUCCAACCACAGCUAUGCAUCACCAUGAUGCACUGCACCACCUGGGUCCUCCCAAUCCUGCCACUCAAAUGGGCAUGGCGGCAAUGGCUCAUAUGUUGGCGCCACCGCCACCACCUCCGCCAACGCCUAGCGAAGGACGUUACACAAUGCUGCAUCACACAGCAGCUCAGAGAUUACAUUAUUAA